ACACUUAAAAACAGAGAAAUUCCGGAUUUUCUGGCAGAAUCUGAUGUGAAUUUUAAAUUGUAUUUUCCUAGUAGCAUUAUUGAGUACAAAAAUGAUGAAUUUUUAGACGUUGUUCAUAAAGGACUACCAAAUAUGAAAACCGAUUUCUAUUAG